AUGCAGAGCAACGUUUUUGUCGGAAUUAAACCGUGUAUUCAAACAAACACUUCGCUGCAAACUUUAUCCAGUAAAUAUGAUUAUUUGCUUCUCCCGAUUACAAACUCACGGUAUAAAGAAACAGUGAAGAGUUACUAUCAAACGUACAGAGAGUUGCUGUUAGACGAGCCGUUCUGCGUACCGGCACCCCAAUUGCAAGAUAUCUCACUAUCGCCGCCAAUUGACGUGAACAGACCCGAUGACCCUAAUUCUGUUGCAUACAUUGGUCUGCUUUCAUCCUGGUUGGAAUUGGAUAGCGAGGAGCCGUUGAUCAGAGAAUUGUCCUGCCAAGUGCUCAUUAACGAAUGCAGAUUUGCUCGGUUUAUUGGCAUAAAGAAGGUGCUUUUGGCACCCCCCAGAGACUUGGUCAAUUUGCAGUAUUAUUCCCAAACAGUGUUCCGAUUGAUCAGCCAAAAGGAAAAUUUUGAUCAGUCUCUGACUUUAUCAAUAUCGUUGCCGCUCUGCGAAGAUAGCGACCCGUUGGCUACUUGGGAAUUAUGGCAUACGAUAAGGAAGCUGUGCCAUUACCACCCGAAUCUCACGAUCUCGUUGGCGCUCCCCAGAGUGAAAACACCUGGCUUUGUGUUGAGGAGAUGGUUAUGCGAACCGGUGUCCUGCUUGCUGAUAUCAUCCUCAAUUUUUGUUCCCAACCAUCACAACUAUCCUGUAUUAAACAAGUUUAAUCAAAACGUAAUUCUGAAGUUCCAAGAGGUGAAUGGUAACUCGCAAAUACAAUCCAACGACCUUUGCAUGCUGCUACAUGGGAUGGAGAAGUACUCCAAUCAAGUGAAGGGCGGUGCCAAUUCGUAUUUGGAUUACGUCAACUUCCUCUUGAAGAAAGGCGAUAAGUUGAUCCUGUCCGAGAGGAUCCAGGGACUUCAUGAACCCAAAUUGUUACCUCCAUUGAAACCAAAUUCAGAAAAUCUCAAUAAUGAAGUUUACUCAGUGUUUGAAAGAGACAGUGCGAAAUACGAUAUGUACGAGAAAGCCAUUUCGAAAGCGUUAUCAAAGGUAAACUUCUCUACAGUCACCGAUGCGACGUCGCCUUUCAUAAUUCUUGUUGCUGGCGCUGGUAGAGGCGGCCUUGUCGACAGAGUGUUCCAUGUAGCAUCUACGAACAACAUAUUGUCGAAAGUUAAGAUCAUAGCGUUAGAGAAGAAUGCUCAGGCGUAUCUAUUCCUCCAAAAGAGGAAUUAUGAAAAAUGGAACAAUAUUGUGGAGUUGAUAAACAGGAACAUGUUUGACUGGUCCUCUAUGAGCAUAAAAGUGGAUCUCUGUGUCAGUGAACUGUUAGGUUCGUUUGGUUGUAACGAACUGUCUCCAGAAUGUUUGAUGAACAUUCAGCGGUACCACAGCAAGCCAACUACAAUCUACAUUCCUCAAUCAUACACAUCCUGUAUUGCACCUAUCACUUGCCCCCUGUUCUAUCAAAAGAUGAGCAGUGAUCUGAGCAGCACUGAGUUCAUGGAAUCUCCCUGGGUUGCCCAUAAUGUGCCGUAUCAGAUUCUGUCUUCAAGGGUAAACGAGCUUUGGACAUUCCAACACCCGCUUCCAAGGGACGAAAACUUCAAUCGAAGCGUACUGACAGAAUUCAAAAUCAAGCACAGAGUCGAGUUACACGGGUUUAUUGGGUACUUCGUUGCCCGACUGUACGAUGACGAAUGCGUUUUGUCAAUUAUACCUGACAAAGUGCCAAUAAAGACGAGCAAUGGAACGUUCCACGAUUUUAGCCACACGGAGAACCUGGUGUCAUGGUCGCCCAUGGUAUUUCCCUUAAGGCAACCGGUAACGAUCGCGGACGACACAGAGAUCCAGUUACUGAUAUCGAGAACAGCGAGCGGUGAUAAAACAUGGUACGAAUGGUCCUUCGAAAGUUUCAUUUACCUGGUGGUCUCUCAAGAACCACAGAAGAAUGCGGCCUCUAACGUCCCCAGAUCUCUUGCAUCAAACCACACCGCCCAAGGGCAUCAGGAUAUUAUGCGCUCGCAUCCUUUCCAAACACAGUACUUGGACGAUGAGCACAUUGGGCCGCACGAGUCCGAGACUUCGUAUGGUAGCAGAGCCUCAUCAUCCGCUGUCAACGCACCUCCCUUCAAAAACACGGAAGCACUACCACAUUACGAGAACGAAUGGCAGAGUCUAAAGGACAUCCACGGCUGGAAUACGCAAGAGUCCUUCAGCGACAAGCAUUUACCAAACGAGGGUCGGAACGGGACACAUUCUACGCCACAUGCCCGAGACCCUCUGGAACAAGAUCCGACAAGUGUAAUUAACCAAGAUCCCAGAUCUUCCGGGACCCAAGAGGUGCACGUCCGCAUCAAAGUCGGCUCCUCGCAUAUACAUAACAUCAACGGCCAUGCAUUUCACAUCCCAUGGAAGUCGUGA